UUCAACCGGCAUUGGAUGUUAUUCCUAGAGCUUCCUAGAACAGUCGUGGCAUUGCAACCUUUUCACGCAUCAGUUACUUUCGUAAAAACGUUGUGUCGAGGCUAGGUCCACUAUGUCGCGACAUCACGAAAUGGCCGUAGGCCUCAACAAAGGCCACAAAACGACCAAAAUCCCUGUCGGAAAGUCCAAGGCGGACAAAAAGCAUAAAUUGAGGCCGUCUCGGUUGAAAGGGGCACAGACCAAACACUCCAAAUUUGUGAGGGAUUUGAUCCGUGAAGUUUGUGGUCAUGCUCCUUACGAGAAGAGAGGGAUGGAAUUGUUGAAAGUCUCUAAGGACAAGCGAGCCCUGAAAUUCUUGAAGAGACGAUUGGGCACUCACAUCAGGGCCAAAAGGAAGAGGGAAGAACUUAGCAACAUCUUGACUCAGAUGAGGAAAGCUCAUGCCCAACAAAAAUAAAUAAUUCUUAUUGUAUAAAUAAAGGCUAUUGUUUUUAUGCCUGAAA